AUGCUUCGAUUUAUUACUGAUUUUCAAAAAAAAAGACUCGAAAGAAUUUCAACCGCUAUCACAGAUCAUGAACCUCACAGGAAUCAUCUGUUUCUUCACAAAGUCAAGACCAUCUCGAAACAGUUAUUAUCCAAGGUUUCUAAUUCUUCAUUGAAUCGAAACUUGGACACAAAUAACAGUGCGGGCGAAGCACAAAAUAAUGGAGAAGUUCUUGAUGAUGCUGAGCCAUGGGAGGAGGAGGAAGAAGAAUGGACGUUUAAUGGAUUUCAAGGCUUGCCAAUUGAACUGAGACUUGACAUUUUGGAAUUGUACCUCGAAGAACCACGCAUUACAACAUUGCAUUUCGUCUCAUCUGAUCUUCUACAACAUGACCACAUGUUUGGAAAGCGCUUUCGUCUUACGUGUGGUUCUUUGCCCCCCAUUCUAUGUCUCAAUCAUGAGUAUCGAAACAUAUUUCUUGAUAGGUUCACCAAGCCUGGAAUGACAAGAUCGCAAACAACUUUGAGCCUUGAGGAUGCAUUAAAGAGAAUCGUCAACGAGAAACGCAAUACCCCCUUGCGCGAUUCUUUCAAUGAUGGAUCGCCCAGUGCAUUUCCUAUUUACUCAACACGCACGCACAGAAACAUAAUCUACAACCCUAAAGACAUCAUCUGGAUUCAAGGAGACUUUUGGCUCGACGAACUACGAAGAUCAGCACUUGCUCGCUCAGCUUUCCACAAUUUGAAAUAUCUCGCGAUUCCGUAUAAAACACGACGAAAAUCUCUGUUCGAGCUUGAAGAUAUGCUGAGCUUCCUCAGUUGCAUCGUCUCGACAUUUGUAAAUCUCAAGGGCAUUAUAUUGGUACUAAAAGUCGAAGACGUAGUACCUGAGAGACCAAUUUACAACGGCGAGAUACAAUUUUAUGCUCCAGGAAGAAUUAGAAUGGUUUCAAGUGUUCGCCAUGAUGUCUCUGUUGAAUCCCAAAGAAGUCUUUCGCAACGUUGGAGACAGGCAUUAGGCAAGCCAGUAGCAUCGCCAGAAGUAGAAACCCAUACUGAAUACUGGUCAGCAAGACGAUUGGCAUCAGAUGCAUGGAUGAUACUUGAUUUUAUCAAAUCGCGGGCGAUUGAAGCUGGGAAUCGAGGCUUUCCUGUUACUCCCUGGACAGAUCCAAGCGCGGUCUCAGGAUGGGAAAUACCGUUUAUUCAAGUCGUCACCGCGAGUCUGAGUACAUCCAAAGGUGAAAGAGAUAUAGUGCCUACGAUUAGACUAGAGGAUUGGAAUGAGGAAUAG